AAUAUCACGUGGGACCAUGUUUAGGCGACGAUACUGUGGAAGUAGAUGUUUUGAAAUUAAAGAAGCAGAGUAGAAAUGUUGAUAAAGUAAUGUAGUUUUAAUUUAGAUCGUCAUCUUAAUUCACGUGUGGAAUAAAUACAUCGCGUCUUAUGUUCCAACAUGUUGGUUAAAACCUCAGUUUAAUAUCUGGGAUCGAUUUGAGACGUUAGAUGCUUUCAUUAGGCUUACAGCUGAACAAACGAAGCAAAUACGUAUUUGUAGAUCAUGGUGGAAAACUCUCCUUCUCCUCUGCCUGAGAGGGCCAUUUACGGCUUUGUUCUGUUCCUCGGCUCACAGUUUGGCUUCUUCCUUUACUGUCUGUGGGCCUUCAUACCGGAGGACUGGCUUCAUUCAAUAGGACUCACUUACUGGCCUCAAAAGUAUUGGGCUCUUGCAGUGCCGAUCUACCUGCUGGUGGCUUUAACGAUCUCGUUGCUGCUGCUGCUCGGAGUGAACUUCAGCAACACAGCCCCACUCCACUCUGUGGACAACAUCACAGAUGUAUAUGCACAAGGCCAGAGGACAGAAUGCACCCGUAAGGGGGGAAUACCUCGACUGAAGGACGUUUCCAUCAGCGAAGUCAACAAAAUGUUCUAUUUAUCACCUGAAAGUGGAGCAAACACAAACUGAUUUUGCUGUAGGAAGAAGAGGAGUGAAGCUGCUGGAGGAUUUAUCGUGUUUAUUAUUUGUUUAGAAAAGAUGCAUUGUGCUUUAUUUAUUUUUCAAAAAAGGUCACAACAUGGGAAGAACAUAUUGUGAAUCUACUGAACUGAUUAUUUUGUUUGAAUGCUUUCCGUGUAUAUUAUACUAUAUUGGGCCAACAGAUGUGCUGCGUGUUAAGAGUACGUGCUGAAUGUGAUAUGACAACAUCAGGAUGUGAUUCUCAUGAUAACUUGUACACUGGAUGAACAAGAGAGUAUUUGAUUCUACACAAUAAAUGAUACAAUUUAUAUAUA